AUGAAGAGACAGAAGACCACCAAAACGCCCUCUUCAAGCUCCUCGAGGAGUAGCAGGGGCACCAAGACUCCUUCCCAACAGCGUUUGGGGCCCAAGAAGAUGCCUGCCCAAAAGGUCACCAAGGCGCGCACCCCGUCGAAGCCCACCAAGCAGGCCCCAGCCAAACGCAAGCGAGCCAGCACACCAGAGUCUCUCAGCCCGGACGAAGAGGAGCGCGCGGAGUACACCUGCGACUGCGAAAAGGCACCGCGAGGCUUCGGCAAGUACUUCAAGCCGCAGGACUACCUCUUGUGCCGGCGUUGCAUGAGACACCAACACAUCCGAUGCGCCACCGACGACUCUUACAGCGAGGAGCCCGGACAUCCGCUCUGCAACAUCUGCGGAGUCGAAGAGGUCAAGCAAUCCGUCAAACGCACCAAGCGCCAGGCCGAAAAGAUGCGCGACGCCGUCCGCCAGAAACGCGAGGAGAUGCGCGAGCUCUACGAAGUCACGCUCUGGAACCGGUACUGCGCGCUGCCUAAUCCGGAGAAUCUUCACCCGUACGUCGUCGAGGCUACGCAGACAGAGUACGAUGAGGUUGAAGACAAGAUGCUACCUCUUUACAACGCUCCGCAGCCGUGGCUGGAUGAGGUGAUUGGAAGGGUGGAUGCCAUGAUGGAUGAUGCCGGGCCUGAGAUGGUGAGUUAUUGCAUGCAGGGGGCCAAGGGGGUGAAGGAUCCGCAUGAGAAGCUGUUGAUUCAGUGGCGGGAACUAGCGGUGUGGUGCAGUAACCAUGGCCCAUAUCGUGGACAGAGGGAGCAGCUGGGGGUGCUGGCGGAGGUUCUCGGGUUGCAGGAGAAGGGGACGUACGCGGGGCACUGGAUUGAGCACAAUGAGGACGGUGAGGACGGCGGAGCAGGCCGAGACGCAGACUAUGACGAUGAGAUCCGCUAUGAGGACAAAGAAGUACAGUACAAGGACGACGAAGCCGAGUACGCGGACGAGAGGAUGAGGGAAGAUGCGGACGAUGCGAGCAAGCCAGACGAAGGCCAAGACAAGGUUGCGCAGCUUCUCCAGCGGCUCGAAGGCGGACCAACCCAGCAGAAGACGUCUAGCUACGGCAAGGUCGACAAGGAGAAGGAGAUGCAGGAGCAGGAGGAGAUCAAGAAGCGCUUCGACGAAAUGGCCAAGUUCUACCAGCAGCAGGAGCAGGAGGCCAGCAGCGACGCUGAGGGAGGAGACGAGCGUGCCGGACUUGCCUUCGAGACCCCUAACAAGAACGCGCAAGCUUCGCUUCGCAACGAUACUCCAGCAGAGCAUCAGACGACGAAUGGGAGCAUAGGAAACGAUCUUCGUGGCGGAGUGGACUAUGAUGCGCAGGAGAUGGAUUCUUCGUCUGAUGAGGAGGUGGAGCGGAUGCGUAGUGACUGA